UGACUGACCCCUUACCCAAUCGUACGAAUAUGCUCCAAAAUUCCGGUCCAAUUUCGGCAAAGGCGUGGUUUAGAAAAUCAAAAUAACCGGUCUAGUAAACUCGGUUCGUCGAGCGAUUCCCCAAUCUUUAUUUAUUCAACUAUUCCCUUGACUCCUUCCGGUUUUCUCCAUACAAGUGGAGAACCAAGGUUUAAGCCAAUUCUCAAUCCCAAAUACCAAAACCCCCCCUGAAAUCUUCCGAGUUCCGACAAUCAAACCCAGUUCUCUGUUCUCAGACUGUCGGACGGUUUUCUCACUUAUUUACCGGCAAUAACACGAGUCAGAUCAACACUCGAUCGAUGGCUAGGAAACGAAAACGAUCACGCUUGGAGAAAGCGAUAAACUCACCGGCGGAGAAAGAACAUGGAACGAGUCCUAACCUCACCAAGUACUGGUUCCAACGCUACGACCUCUUCUCAAAAUACGACCAAGGAAUCGAGAUGGACGAAGAAGGAUGGUACUCCGUAACCCCCGAGGCAAUCGCAGUCAAACAAGCAGAGAGAUGCCGUGGCAAAGUGGUGAUCGAUUGCUUCUCAGGCGUUGGCGGUAACACCAUCCAGUUCGCUAAAGUAUGUGCUUCUGUGAUUGCUAUAGACAUUGAUCCUGCGAAGGUCGAUAUGGCUAUUAACAAUGCAAUGGUUUAUGGAGUUGAUGAUCGUGUAGAUUAUGUCGUUGGUGAUUUCAUUCACUUAGCUCCAUCUCUCAAAGGAGAUGUUUUGUUUCUUUCGCCACCAUGGGGAGGACCAAUGUAUAACAAAGUUGAGAGUUACACACUGGACAUGCUCCAACCAAAAGACGGGUACUCAUUGUUUCAGAUUGCUCAAUCCAUCACGCCUAACAUCAUAAUGUUUCUACCGCGGAAUGUUGAUUUAUCACAAUUGGAAGAACUCGCUUGGCUCUCCUCGCCUCCUCUAAAUCUUGAGAUAGAAGAAAACUGUGUUGGAGGAAAAAUCAAAGCCAUAACGGCUUAUUUUAGUUGCAGUGCGGUUUAGUUGAGAAAAUUAGGACUAUUAUUGCAUCAAAGGACCAUCUAUCUUCCUAGUGCAUCAAGCGGUAGAGGAGUUGCUCAUUUCAUUAGAUGUUCUUUCAACCUUGUAAUUUUUUAGGGGGAGUUUUUUUUUGUAUAAUCCUGAUUUAAGGACACAUAACUCAUUCUAUCUUAACAUGUUUAAUUGUCCAAUGAAUAUAUUUUCAUGAGACUUAUCAUUUA